AUGCAAAAGACGAAGAAGUCGGAAAAGAAGAGAAGACGACUCCAUCCCAUCCGGCGCAUCGCGAAGUUCAUUCUUGGCGAUGGGGAAAAACAUCAGAGGAAACAGAACGACGCCCGACGUCUCGGCGACCAGCUAGAAGAAGGGAAAACGUGCCACGGCGCGUCAAGAUGGCACAAUCUGCUUCCAUUCCUCGAACCGCUCUUCGCCCUGGACCCAAAACUGUCCUUCAUCGAAGACCGCAUCUUAGGCCGCAACCCAACGAUAUCCCACACCGAUGACUACGCUCCCAUAUCGACCACGCCGCCGAAAUCCCUCACCGAACUCCAAGCCCACGUCCAAGAAGCAGACCUUCCGUGUACGUGCGACGAAUGCGCGCCGAAGCUAUACAAAAUCUCCACCUUGGCCUCCCACGGCGCCCUCCGCGACCGUCGCAACAAACACACCUCGAAGAACCACCACCGCAAAACCCCCUCCUUCUCCUCCGAAAAGGUGCCUAAACCCACCAGCCCAGCGCCUUCAUUAACACUCCGUUUCCACGGAACCUACGAAUCCAUGUCUUUAGUCCGCCACCACAUAUCCUGGCUCGACGCAACAUACCUGCACCCAUCCGCGCGCCCCACGCCCUCCGUCCUCCACCUGCGCAGUCUACUCUCCUAUUGGUACCCACAUCUCACAUCUUCCGACCUACGCUCCACGCUCUCAGCACGCCAAGUAACAACGCUCUUCGCACACCUAAACCGCGUAUUCUUCGCCGGAAACGUCCCCACGCACAACGACGUGCUAAGCGCCGGAUUCAGCUACCUAGACUCGCGCCAGCGCGAUUGUUUCGGAAAGAGUUUCUACAACCCUGUUGCCGUUGGAUACACCGACACAGACGCAGCAGGCGAGGAUGAAAUCCAGACUGGGUACGCUCCUGCAUGA